CUUGCUCCCGGCUGGGCGCAGUAUCGCACCUCGUUGGAAGGACAAGAUCCUCCUCUGCUGGCCAUGAGCAAUACGGCACGGCGGCGAGGGGCCUUGCCACACUGCUGUGCUCCCCCACCAGGCCUCCAUUCUCUGUUCUCCGCCUGUAGUCCCUUUCCUACACCCCCACCUGCAUCCCCUCCUGCAAACCACCUCUCACAUCCCACAUCCCAUGUCCCCUGUUGCACCACUUGCGCGUUAUAUUCCACCCCCCUCAUUCUGCAUACCCCAUCCCAUGUCCUCCAUUCCAUCUCCCUCAUACUGCAUCCCAGCUCCCACAUUCCCCAUCCCACAUCCUCCAUCCCACCUGCCAUAUUGCCCAUCCCAUGCCCUGCAGCCCCCUGCAUGGCACAUAGGAAAGGGCAAGUUCACGCCUGCAGGAGGGAAAGAGGGGCUUUUUGCUGGCCUCAGCCAAGCAGCACCAUAAAAAGAUUCAUGUAUGGGACCAAAAGAUGAAAUUUGGCUUUUUGUCAGCUAGCAGAGGUGGAGGUUGUCUGAGCAGUGUGAUCUAAUGGAUAUCUCAAGGGAGGAGUAAAGUCUCCUUGUUAGGAGACCAGGUCUACCUGGGAUUUUAUCCCCUACAGUUCUGCAUCACACAUCAGAGGAGGAAAGAGAAACAGCACAGUGGAGCUGUGAUAAAGGUUGGGUUGAUCUCCUGGGACCAUUUAUUCGAAGGAACAUUUGCGUUGUGUCAGCACGUAGUGGCCUUAAUCCAAAACUAAGAAUGCAAAUCUAGGGCUUAGCCACCCUGAAGUACAAAGGACUAAUGGAUGCUGAUGGAAACCUGUAUAUUUUCCAGGGCAGCAGGUUAUUGCAAGAGGGAAGUCAGGUCAUCUUGCUGUCUUGUAAGCAGCUCUGUCCAUGGGAGAAGGUUUGGAGGGAGACAGGUUUGAGGAAAAUAGUAGUAAUAAUUGGAAUAAUAAUGUGCUUAGGCUCCAUUCCUUCUCUUCUUUACAUCUGAGCAACGAUGCAUGCAUACCUCAUAUAGCCCAUGCUGGCACUUUGCCCUUCCCAGGCAGAGUAAAUGGCUGCCCUGAGUGCAGGGGAGUUUUAGCAGUCUCCUUGAAGUCAAAAGAUUCUGCCCGCAGACCCACUCAGCAAAUGACACAAAGGAGAAGUAUGGAAAGCUGAGGAGGGAAACAAGGUGCAGGUACACAGAGGUUGCACCGCAAAGCAUAAAAACCAAGCAGAAAAAACCCCACUCCCUGCCUCCAGGGGGUCGUGAGCAGGCCUCAGGCAACCUCAGGUGUAUGUGCUGGGGAAGCAGCAGGUGUGAGUUGUUCUGAGUAACGUGGCAAGAUUCUUAUUCACUGCUGCUUAUUCAUUUGCUCCCAGUUGCAGCCAGGUUUUAGCUAAGAAUGUUGGCAUAGCAGCUCCAUGUAAUUUCUUAUAUGUCUACUGCUAGCACAGGUGCCCUCAAUGCAGCUGGGUAGUCCUGUCUUCAGCUGGGAUUUACAGCAAAAUGGGAUGCCUGCUGACACCUCUGUGUGGGGAAAUGAAUCUUGAUGUGGUUUUGCCUUCCUGGUCCUCCCUGACCAACCUGCUGAAUGAUGAGGCUGAUGAGUAUUACGAGUACUAUGAUGAAUACACGCAGGUGGAGGAGGAACCCUCUGAAGUGAUUAGGCUCUUGGGGGAACCCGACUGGAUAGGCCUAUCCCCUCACCACAGAAGAAUCCAGCAAGGUUUCACAGGAUGGAUUCUGAUCAUGCAGAACAUUUCUGAUUGCUACUACAAAAAAACACAGGCUUAUUUGUCUAUAGACACUAAGAUCUGUGCUCCCCCAACCCCUGCAAGAACAACGGCCGAUGUGAGAUGAGAGGAAGCAAUUUCACCUGCCUCUGCUCCAGGCCCUACACUGGGGAUACCUGUGAGAAAGUGGAGGACACCUGUGUGGACAACAGCUGUGUCAGAGGAGACUGCCUUGUUACAUUAACCAAACCUUACUAUCGGUGCAGCUGUAGCCAUCCCUACAAGUUACCAGACUGCCAGCAAGCUUCUUCACAAUGCAGGCCAAACCCAUGCAAAAAUGGAGGAAUCUGUAUACGGCACAGAAUGAGAACAAAAUUCACCUGCAAGUGCCCUGAACCUUACCGAGGGAGGUUCUGUGAGAUUGGACCGGAUGAUUGUUAUGAAGAGGACUCCUUUUAUUACAGAGGAAGAGUGAACCAAGCAGAGAAUGGCAGGACUUGCCUGCACUGGAAUUCCCAUUUGCUCUUAGACUUCCCUAUUAAUGCAUUUAUGGAGGAUGCUGAGCUUUUUGGCAUUGGGGAACAUAACUUCUGCAGAAAUCCUGAUGAUGAUCAAAAGCCCUGGUGCUUCAUCAGAAAAAAUGGCAAAGUGAAAUGGGACUUCUGUGAUGUCUCACUGUGCUCUGAAACAGUGCACGUUGCUGUUUCUUCCAACACAGAUAAGGAGAACCAAGAGCAAGAAAAUGAGAUGUUCAAAACCUGUGGGCAACCAGAAAGUCAAAGGGGACUCAAGAGAAUCUAUGGUGGAACUAAAACUACAGCUGGCAAGCACCCCUGGAUGGUAUCUCUGCAGAGAAAGUCUUCUUCUAGAAAAGUAACACACAUCUGUGGUGGAGUGCUAAUUAAAUCAUGCUGGGUUCUUACUGCUGCACACUGUGUUGAACGCCAAGCAGAAAAUCUCCAAGUGGCCCUGGGAAAGCAAAACCUCAAUAGGAAAGAAAAUCAAGAGCAAAUAUUUGAUGUGGAGAAGGUCAUCAUGCAUCACAGAUACAGAAUGGAGGAUGAUGUCCCAUACAAUGAUAUUGCAUUACUUAAGUUGAAGCCGACUGGUGGUCAAUGUGCCAUCGAAACAAAAUAUGUGAAAACAGCUUGUCUGCCAGAUUUUGAGUUUCCUGUUGGGACUGAUUGCUUCAUUUCAGGAUGGGGCGAGACAGAGACAGAUGACACAUCCCCUAAGCUGUUAGAUGCCAGUGUCAAGCUGAUUUCGCAGAAGCAAUGCAAUGCACCCAGAGCUUAUGAUCAGAGGUUGGAUGAAAGCAUGUUUUGUGCAGGAAAUCUUCGGAGAGGUAGAACUGAUUCUUGUCAGGGAGACUCUGGAGGUCCUCUAACUUGCGUAGAAAAUGGUUUCUAUUAUGUAUAUGGCAUUGUGAGCUGGGGUGAUCAGUGUGGUUUAAAAAACAAGCCAGGAGUUUAUACCCAGGUGACAUCAUUUCUCCGUUGGAUUAAACACAAAAUUCAAACUGAGUCAUCGGAUCAGUAGCUGACAGCUUUCAUUUGGUGAAGGAUGCAUUUUCCUUCUCUUGACUUGAAGAAUUUCCGAAGCAUCAGGAUUAACUGUGACCUGCUGAGAUCCUUCCGGCCCCACUUGGUCCUGUAAGAUCAAACACAACUACAUCAU